UUUAUUGACAAAACGCCAAAAUCAGCAUUUUUUAUAGAGCUACAAAGCGAAGAGAAACUCGAGCUCAAUGGAAAACCCAGUUGCGAUCGAUCUUUUGGAUUUCUUGAAUGCCUCACCAACAGCUUUCCAUGCAGUAGACGAAGCGAAGAAGCGACUGAGAAGCGCAGGAUACACCCAAUUGUCGGAGAGGGAUGACUGGAAACUAGAAGCUGGAAAGAAAUAUUACUUCACCAGGAAUCACUCUACCAUUGUUGCAUUUGCUGUUGGUAAAAAGUAUGUAGCUGGGAACGGUAUUUUCAUAAUUGGUGCUCAUACAGAUAGCCCGUGUCUAAAACUUAAACCAAUUACUAAGGUUACAAAAGGUGGGUAUCUGGAAGUUGGUGUGCAACCUUAUGGAGGUGGGCUGUGGCACACAUGGUUCGACCGUGACUUGACUAUUGCAGGAAGAGUAAUAAUUAGAGAGAAGAAAGAUGGUUCUGAAUCCUACUCGCACAGGCUUAUCAGGAUUGAGGAGCCCAUUAUGCGUAUUCCAACUCUGGCAAUACACUUAGACAGGGAAGUGAAUGAAGGCUUCAAGGUUAACAAACAGACUCACCUUGCUCCUGUGUUGGCUACUUCAGUUAAGGCUGAGCUUGAUAAACUGACUACCGGGAAUGGUUUCACUGGAACUGGAUUGGGUGAUGGGAAGAAGAUUGAAGGAAACACAAAGACAAACGAAAAGCACCAUCCCCUUCUAUUGCAGCUAAUUUCUGCCCAGCUAGGGUGUGAGCCGGAUGACAUAUGUGAUUUUGAACUGCAAGCAUGCGAUACUCAAAAAAGCAUUGUUGCUGGUGCAUUGAAGGAAUUUAUUUUCUCUGGAAGACUGGAUAACCUGUGCAUGUCAUUUUGCUCUUUAAAGGCGCUGAUAGAUUCAACUUCCUCAGAAAGUAGUCUCCAGGAGGAGACUGGCGUAAGAAUGGUUGCCUUGUUUGAUCACGAGGAGGUUGGGUCUGAUUCUGCACAAGGAGCGGGAUCCCCUGUGACGUUGGAUGCUUUAUCACGCAUCACCAGUUCCUUCAGCUCAGACACAAAGCUGCUACCAAAAGCAAUCCAAAACAGCUAUCUUGUAUCAGCUGAUAUGGCUCACGCCUUGCACCCAAAUUAUAUGGAUAAACAUGAAGAAAACCAUCAACCAAAGCUGCACGGUGGUCUUGUCAUCAAGCACAAUGCAAACCAAAGAUAUGCAACAAAUGCUGUAACAGCCUUCUUAUUCAGGGAAAUAGCAGCCAAGCACAACCUUCCCGUGCAGGAUUUUGUGAUCCGCAGUGACAUGCUGUGCGGCUCAACAAUUGGUCCAAUUUUGGCGAGUGGAGUGGGCAUUCGUACGGUUGAUGUUGGAACCCCACAACUUUCCAUGCAUAGCAUCAGAGAAAUGUGUGCAGUGGACGACGUCAAGCACUCUUACGAGCACUUUGUGGCCUUCUUUCAGGAGUUCUCACAUCUUGAUGCUAAACUGGCCGUUGAUGUCUAGUUUUUUUAAGGUUUGCUGCUAGUUUGGUUUCCCAAAACGUUUGACAUUUUUGAUUUUUCAGUAAUAACAGACGGAAGGUGUUUCACACUCGCUCCGUAGAAAUCAGAACUACAAAUUUGUUCUACAAA